UGUCGAAAUGAUUUAUAUGGGUACUUCCGAGAGAGAACGUGCCCUGCGUUCGUCAAGCGAUCACUGCCACAAGCUGGGCGUAUUUGUAAUGCGCCUGACGGCGCUUGCGGGCGGAGCCAGGCGAGCCUGAGAGUACCAGUCUCCGCGCCGCAGCCGCAUUUCCGAUCCCAGCGUCUGAGCAUCAUAGCAGCGCUUGGUAGGAAAAUACAGGCGAAAGGGAGCGCCGAGCUGAUUUCUGCCAGCGUAUAGGGAAAGUCAGGCGCUCGAUAAUUCAGGGAGACGUUACUCCACUCAAGACGGAGAAAUGGUUAUUUAUGAAAAUCAUAUAGAUAUUUGAUUUAAUCAUUUUUAAUAUUUUUGUGACACCAGCGCAGUAUAUUUACUCUCAAAAUGGCCGAGAUAACCAACAUUAGGCCGGCGUAUGAUGUGUCCCCAGUGCUGGCAGGCUUCCUGGGUGCGGGGGUCCUGGUGGUGUCCGUGACGGUGGCCGUCUUCCUGUGGACGUGCUGCCAGCGUCGCUACAGGCAGCUGACGGGCGCCUACAAGCUGGGCAGUGAGCCCGGCGACCCGCCGUACCGCUUCAUACACAUGCUGAAGGGUGUCAGCAUUUACCCCGAGACACUCAGCGGCAGCAAGAAAAUCGUGCGGGUGGCCCGGCGGCCUGGGUCACAUGGGCGGGGCCCCUGGGAUGGGGGGCGGGCCGGGCCGGCACUGUUGGUAGAUGCAGCGGAGAACGGACUGCUCAGGGGGGCGGAGCGCGAAUCCGCCGUUCCUCCCGAGGGUGGCAGCCCAGGAUCAAGUGACACCAGUGGGUGCAGCAGCAACACCAGCAAGGCGGCCUCUCCGUUCAGCCCGGCAGAAGACCGCCCCCUGGGAACACUCAGCCUGGCUGUGGACUAUAACUUCCCCAAGAAGGCCCUGGUGGUGACCAUCGUGGGGGCACAAGGCCUGCCAGCGGUGGACGAGCAGUCGGGCAGCUCAGACCCCUACGUUAAGAUGACCAUCCUGCCCGAGAAGAAGCAUCGCGUCAAGACCCGGGUGAUGCGCAAGACCCUGGAGCCUGCCUUUGACGAGACGUUCACCUUCUACGGCGUGCCCUACAGCAGCCUGCCCGAACUGGUGCUGCACUUCCUGGUGCUCAGCUUCGAUCGCUUCUCCCGCGACGACGUCAUCGGUGAGGCAGUGGUGCCGCUGGCCGGCGUAGACCCCAGCACUGGACGGAUCCUGAUCACGCAGCAGAUCUGCAAGAGGAGCAUACAGUGUGUGAGCCGUGGGGAGCUUUUGGUGUCUCUGUCCUACCAACCUGUCACUCACCGGCUGAGUGUUGCGGUGAUGAAAGCCAAGCACCUGCCCAAGAUGGACAUCACCGGCCUGUCUGGCAACCCGUACGUGAAGGUCAAUGUGUUUUACGGCCGAAAGCGCAUCGCCAAAAAGAAGACACACGUGAAGAAGUGCACGCUCAACCCCGUCUUCAAUGAGUCCUUCGUCUUCGACGUGCCCCCCGAGCUGCUGCACGAUGUCUCUGUGGAGUUCCUGGUCUUGGACUUUGACCGCACCACCAAGAACGAGGUGGUGGGCCGGCUGGUGCUGGGCGCACACAGCUCUGGUUCCUCUGCUGCUGCCCAAUGGCAGGAAGUCAUCGAGAACCCCCGCAAGCAGGUCACCAAGUGGCAGACCCUGAGUGAGCACUAGCCCCCCCCACGCCCAGUGCUCAGUAGCUGAGAGGGGUAGGGGGCACAGAGCUCCCAAGUCAUAUUUCUCUCCUCUAGGGGCUUUGUACAGUGAACUCUCCGUGUCAUUGAUGAUCAUUAAGAUAAUGGGGGAAAUUAAACUCCAAACAGACUCUUGGUAAUUACGAUCAGAGCUUCAUCAGUCAUGCUGAGUGAACGACAGACUGAACAGAAGUCGAAACAGCCUUGUAAAUCAGUUCGAUUGUACUGUAUGGUACUAUAUGGGGGGAGACCCAGGGCAAGAUGGAGACCUAUUACCUAAACAAUAUGGGGGGGGGGGGGGGGCUGUCAGUUGUUGAGAAUUUGAUUCUCCUUUCUCUGUUGCGUAUUGGGAAGUGUAUAGAGUCCAUUCAGUUUAUUGCAUGCCCAAACAAUGACGAGCUAAAUGACAAAAUAAAAGAAAAUAAAAAACAGAAGCAGUUAGGGACACAUAUUAUUGGACCUUGGAAUGUAUAAUUACG